AUAUGGAGGAGGACAUGGAGAUUGACCGUAACGUCACUGGGAUUCUUGGAGAGGACAUCUUCCUCCGCUGUCAGUACCUGGGACAGAAUGACAUCACAGACGCCUCAUGGAAACGCCCAGACUACAGAAUGAAGCGAUCGAUGAAGAAAUUAACAGGCUACAAGAACAACAAGGCAUUCAGCAAAGACCCAGACUUCUCUGCCCCAGCCUCUCCCACCAAUCUGACUGUGAAGAUGAGGGUGUCUACUCUGGAGGCCCAGGGGGAGUACACAUGUGUGUUCGCCACCGAUGAUGAGGAGAUCACUAACAGCAUGCUUCUCACUGUCCUAGGUAAGCCUGACUGAAGAACAUGGCCCAAUUGGAAUACUCUUAAAAUGCAUCCUUCCUUCUUCCCUUCCUAUAAGUAAUCACUAAUCUGAGAUGACAAGAUUGGUGUAAGCAAGCUUUCCAUAGCAUUGCUUUGACCAAUUAUGUCAUGUCAGAUCAUUGAUUACUUCAAGGAAGUGAGGAAGGAAGGAUGCAGUUUAAGAGUAUUCGAAGGGGGCCUCUAAUGGGUGAUGGAAAAGUACCUAGAACCUAGAUGGUAGAGAGGAGCAACAAAAGAAAACAUGACCUCAUGAUGACAUUAGUGGGGUUGGAUAGAAUAUGUGACAUUAUCAUUGCUUGUUGUAUCUUUACCUUACUGUACCUUCAAGGUCAUAGCAAAGACAGAAUCAUACAAACAUCCAUUGCAUAAAUGUUUCUCUUACCAGCAUCAUCCCCGUCAUGUGUUUAAAUUUUUUUGUUUUGAAGCUCGACCUGAUAUCCACACAGUGGUGACAGAGGACACAGACAACGCUACCCACUACCAGUCAGUCACAUGCUCAGCUACCAAUGGUAAACCUGUGGCUCUGAUUCGCUGGGAGAUCAACGGCAGCCCUCCUACUGACGACUCCUCUGUGGGGAUGAGGAACACCAGUUAUACCAAUGGCACUGCCACUGUGACCAGCAUCCUCCGCUUCCCCACCCACCUACAGGACCAGGACAUGGUGACCUGUGUUGUCCAGCACCCAACCCUGCCUGACCCCACCACACAUGUCACAGUGAGAGUGGAGACCUUCGGUAAGCCUGCCAGCUCACGUACACAAGGACUGCAUCCUAAAUGGCACCCUAUUCCCUUUAUAGUGCACUACUUUUGACCAGGAAGGGUGAAAAGAUUUGGGAUGCAUCCUUGAUGUGUAUGUUUGUGUGUACAGUACUUGGCAUCUCUCACUUUCGUGGGCAAGGAUUUAGUUUGGGAAGAGGUUAAUUAAUGAUCUGUGAUGCUAAGAAUCAAUGUCUGAGAAUGAUCUGUAGAUAUUUGAUCAUACUGGGGCUGGCAUCACCCUGAGCUCACUGGCACAGAUGUUUCCAUUCCUUUCCCCCAGCCUGUUGUUCCACAUGGUCACCUCCCCACUCCCCACUCCCCACUCCCCACCAUGUACCAGGUCUUGUGUCUCUCGCCAAGGCUGUGUUUCCUGUACUAGUCAGCCCUCGCAAUCAGCUGUGGCACGACAGAGACAGAUCAUCAUCAUAUUCUCAUCACAUUUAGAUAUCCCUCCCUACCACAUUAGGAGACACGUUUUGAUAUACAGCCUGUAUCCAUAUGUCAAAGAUGUUCAUAUGACAGAAAUGUCCUCCCUUAUCCGUAUGUGGUAGUAUCAAAGUGUCUUUGAUAAUCGGCAAAAGAGUGAUGCUUUUCUAUAUCCGCAGUCAGUCUGUAUUGAGAUGUGUGAAAUAGUUUGCUUCCCAAAUGGCACCCUAUUCCCUAUUUAGUGCACUACUUUUAACCAGAGUCCUAUAGGAAAUAGGGUGACAUUUGGGAUGCAGACAUAGUCCUGUAGUUCCAGCCCCGCCAGCAGAUGGGGAAGACAUCUGUUCUCAGCUGUAGCCUGCUGAACAGAUGGAACAGGUGAGAAGAGUCAGCACUCUCCUCCUAAACCCAACCGUCAGCCCUGUUAUGCCCUGUGGUUAUCUUUCAUACAUCUAUCCUUUCACUUCAGCCUUCUCACAAAUCUAAACCACAGCCCUAGAGGCCCAGACAUUAGAUUUAGGACUCACUGUUGUUAAACUAAUGGAUCAUUCCCACCUGCUCAUUUAAAAUUAUUAUUUCUCUCUGCCUGCAGUGGCUCCCAAUGUGACCAUUGAGACAUACCUGGUUCUAGAGGAUGGGGAGGAGUUCUGGGUGGUCACCUGUGGUGCUGCCGGAGGGCGACCCCAAGCUGACAUCACCCUGGUGCUGCCCAAUAAGGAGACUAGUUCCAUUCUACAGAAGGAGGUUGUCAUGGAUGCAGCAGACACAUGGGUCAGGUCAUACCGCUUCCCAGCUGAGCUUCAUGAAGGGGAGAACAUCACCUGCCUGUUUGACCACCCCAAGUUCCCACACAGAGAGCUACGGACCGUCACUUUGCCGGCAUUCUGUGAGUACUUCACAAGUUAUAACUGAGGAUUUGGAGCCAAAAGUAUGGUCUUAUGAAACAACUUUUCAUUUACUCUACUUAAUAACAGAGUCUAUGUUGGAUCUUGUGUUUUCACUUCCUAUUGUGUAGAUCUGUCUGCUGUUCGGCUGCUGAACCCAGGGUUGGCAGACAGCAGCAACGAGAGCCAGGCUGUAGAGUCAGUGGUGCUGGAGGAAGGACAGAGCAACACCACCAUCAGGCUAAAGGUUGUUGGGGAUGUACCACGUUACAGUAUUGUAUGCACCAAGUAAGAAUACCUGUAUUACUAUCAUAAUACAGACAAGAUGUCUGUUGAUCUCUCUUGAUUGUUAACUUCUGUUAAUCUCAGAUAAAGGACAACAUCACCAUGAAGAAACUGCUGUUAUAAUCCUAUCACUCAGGGAACAGUUACAAAAAACUAAGUUUGCUAUCACGUUUUGCUUUAUAGCAAUUUCAUUCAUUUAUGCUAUUGUUACUAUACUACUAUUUUUAUCACUAACGCAGGGGUGAACAUCACCUACACAUUGUGUUAGGCAGCUGUGGUGAGAGGUUUGGUUGAAAACCACAGGCGACAGACAGGCACUAGACACACAUCCUGCAGAUUUUUUAAGAAACAUUCAGCUGCAGAUUAUGCGCAUUGAAGCCACGUGGUCUGCGAACAUCAAAGCGCAUGCGUCUCAAAUGGUAUGUGCACGUGCAACCUGUAAUUUAGAUGUUUGUUGGUGUCGUCGGCGCACUAGAUCUGGUCAUUAUGUUAACCACUUGCUUGUACACACUAGCUAGCUAGCUAGUAAAUACACACUAGCUAGUACUUCUAAUUCUAAAUGUAAUUUCACCACCUGUGCUGUUGGUGUAGGUAACGCACCAUCCUCCCUGGCACCAUUCGACAUCCUGUCUGAGCUUGUAUGUCUCACAGCGUCUGUGGCGUGAGAAGACACGUUGGUGACAUUAUCCCUGGAUCUAACUAUGUGAGAACCAAACCUCUUAGAGCUGCUGCUCUUCUGCCUUUGGAGAGUGGCUAACUGUAACUGUGUCUUGGCUUGUGCUGUCUCCUAGAGAACAGCAGUCUCUCCCUGAGGGUGUGGCGGUGAUUGGCAGUGCUCUAACCCUGCAGGGUCCUGUGGAGCUCUACCAUGCAGGGAUGUAUGAGUGUGAGGCCUCCUACUACAGCCACAGGGCAUCUGUACAGCUGGACAUUACCGUUAACCCACAAGUCAAGCAGCCUGGUAUGAGCAGCGCCUUGUCUACGUAUCAUAGAGUGCAUCCCAAAUGGUUCCCUAUUCUUGAUAUAGUGUCUAUGGGUCCUGGUAAAAUGUUUGGGAUGUAGACUACAAAUCAUCUUCAUAAUUUGACAACUGGUAGCUAUACCUGGCAUUCUGCAAUUUGUAGCGAGCCAGGGUAUGUUAAUACAAGUGACUUCUAUAAUAAAUAUUGUUAGUAUAAAUCAGAAUGUUUAUUUUCCUGCAAACUGUAAAAGGUAAGUGAUUAGCAUGUUUACAGCCUUCUCUCCUCCUCUCUGUGUGCUAGUGACUGUUCCUCCCAGCAUAAGGAUUGAUGUCCAGGACAGACUGGGUGACAGGUUAAUUGAGUGCCUGGCUGCAGUCCCUGUUGCCAAUGUGUCCUGGGUUCUACCUGAGGGUGAGUCUGGGCCCUCCUGGUCCAAUCUCACAUCCCAUAAUGGAACCCACUUCUCUGUCAGCAGUGUGUUAGUCCUGCCUACCUGCUCAGCCCAGGAGCUCAAUAUGGAGUGUGUGAUAGAUCAUUCUGUGUUUGUGUUGCCAGAGAGAAGACGGAUAACACUGUUGUAUGUUCAAAAAAUCAUCAAACACCAUAAAUUAAAGCUCUAGUGUUAAAUAAAAUAUUUUCACUAAGAACAUAUAUCCUAUAUCUCUGUUAUUUUAUUUACAUUGGUAACAUGUAUGCUAUAUCGCUGUUCUAUCUACAUGCAGCUCCUCCUAACAUCACCAUCCAGUCCAGCUCUGAGUGGGAGAAAGAUGUAGCACACACACUGGUGCAGUGCACUGUGGACAGUGUUGGACCUGCUGCCACCAUCUCCUGGAGUCUUGGAGACAGGGACAGUGACAGUAGUACCAGUCAGCUCAUGGAGGUGCAGGAGCAGGUAAAGGGAAAGAACAAAUGAAAGGGUGCUUGGAACCAAAAAUAGAUACAGCAAAAAUGAAAAAAAGGCCAGCAAUCAUUUGGAUAUAAUUGCACACUCUGACAUAUGUUUUGGCUUGCAGGUGCAGGGGCAGCCUGAGCUCCAUGCCAAUGGCUCUGUGACGGUCCGUAGUGUGUUGAGGCUCCCCACUUCAAUGUUCUCUGGUCAGAAUGUCACCUGUGUGGCGGAUCACCUGGGUCUUGAGAUUCCAGAGAGAAGAGGGAUACUGCUACGUGUACUGGGUAAGUUACUUUAUGACUUGUAGCUAUCAUGUAUCUCCACAAUACAUUAUGUGCGUCCCCAAUGACAACGUAUUCCCCCUAUAGGCCCUGUUCAAAAGUAAUUCACUAUAAAGGGAAUAGGGUGUCAUUUAGGGAUGUAUCCAUUGUAUCCAACCCCCACACACUGUCCCUCCCUCCCUCCCUCCCUCCCCUCAGAUUCCCCUGUGAUGCGUGUUUUUGUUGCGAGGCAGAGGGGAUCUCCUCUGUGGCUGGCUGUGUGUGAGUACAGAGGGGACGGGCUCGGAGCACACCUCACCUGGGUUCUACCUGACAACACCACAGGCCACAUCUCCUUCCGCUCUUGGUAUGAAGGCGUGAGAGUGCUAACCAAUCUCACCUAUGAGUUCCCACUGGCCCUCCACGAGGGACAGGACCUGACCUGCCUCAUUCAAAAUCACCAUGGACUUAAGGAGCGGAGGACAGUCCAUGUCCCCAGAUACUGUAAGUGUAAUAGGGAAUAAAUAGAAACAGCAAUGAUUCUCUUUUUUUCUAUAAAGCACCCAGCACCACAAAAGAUCGUACUUGUUAUACUACACAUACAUUCUAAAUGUACACUCUUAGAAAAAAGGGUUCCAAAAGGGUUAUUCUGCUGUCCCCAUAGGAGAAGCCUUUUUGGUUCCAGGUAGAACUCUUUUUGGUUUCUUUGUGGAAAGGGUUGUUCAUGGAACGCAAAAGGGUUUUUACCUGGAACCAAAAGGGUUCUACCUGGAACCAAUAAGGGUUCUCCUAUAGGGGCAGCCGAAGAACCCUUUUAGGUUCUAGAUGGCACCUUUACUUCUAAGAGUGUACUGACAAUUCUGUCAUGACAUUCAUAGACAUACAGUAUUUGCCAGACAUGCCAAGCUCCAACAUCCCAUUCAACAGUUAACUACAACUACCUGUCUAUUGACUGUAUGUAUUUAGGGAGUGGUUUGUUUUUUGCCUCCUGUUGACCACUUUCCCUUCCCCUUCUUAGACAUCUCAUCUGUCAGAGUGCUGAACCAAACCACUCCCCUGUACAAACCUUAUGGAGAUGAGGUUGUCAUACACCGAAUGUCCCUAAAGGAGAAUUUCCACAACCAGAGGAUCCUGCUUAAGGUCAAUGGCAAUGUACCAACUUACAGCCUUACCUGUCACAGGUAAUACUCUUUGCUAGACUCUCUUUUACUACUGUAUUCCUUCCCUUCAGCUUCUGAACUGUGGAGGCUAAUUGAAACAGCUACAGUAGGAUGGAAGACAGAGUAGGGCAGGGCCCUGUCUGUGGUAAUAUUACCACCACACAGGGACGGUAAUUUGUACAAACAUUGUUCUUGUCCAGAUGGAAGUUCUGAUUUGUAUUGUUUUAUGAGAGCUUUUAACUAGACAAUCAAAUAAGUGCAGUGUCGUAAAGCUGCCAUUAUGCCUUAAGAUACUAUCAGGACUUCUGUGCUGUGGAGCCCGGAGAAGGUUGUCCUGACUGGCAGGCCAUGCGGUCGGUGGCACUAAAGAACCCUUUUAUCAGGGACAAUGAGUGACUCAUAAAGCAGGUCCUGACACUCUCCUGUCCUCCCAUACACAGGCUCACAUAAAUUGUGUUAGGAGUUAUUCUGUCAAGCUAUUCUGUGUAAAGCUGUGUUCGUAUCUGCAAAGGUGGAUGAUACAGUUACUUAGUUAUACACUUAAGUAGAUAUACGAAAUACGUCUCAUUAUAUUUUUAACACUUAAUGUCAACUAUAGCAGUGGUUUUGUUUUCCACACCUUUUGGAAAGCAGUUUCCCCCCUCAUUUGCUUAUCUUAUUCUCUCUUCAUGAUUGUCUUCGUUGCCACUUAGCUGAUAAACAGAUCAGACAAACGUGUAUACUCUGUAAUGACCUUCUGUUUCCUGCUGCGUGUUGAAGAAAUGACGGCUCAUUGGUCCAGAUGGAUGGCGAGGCUCUGUUGUUCCAAUCAGAGGUCACAGAGCGGGAGGCGGGCCUCUACACCUGCCACGCCUCUUUCUACCACCAUCAGGCCUCAGUCCUCAUUCAAGUGGAGGUCACCAGUGAAAAUCAACAGCUCAGUGAGUGUACACCAGUGGCAGUCAGUGUCGUUUAAGAUGAGGGAGGAUUAUUUUUUUGUCAUGAGCAUGGCCUUAUUUCUAUUACAGCAUAUUGGAUGACUCUCAUUCAUAUUCCAUUCACCCAGUUCAAUGUAACAUCGAUAGGUUUAGGCUACUACAUGAUACUCAAAUGUUCCCUAUACCCAUCAUGAGGUUGCUACAACCUAGCCUAUGAAUUAAAGUUUAAACAUAGGUGCACACAGGUCGAGAGACAAAUUUGAGGUGACAGUGACAUUCAAUACCGCCUUGAACACUCUUGCCUGCAUCUAGCUGAUAUAGGGUGUAAUCAUUAGUCCAACAGUUGCAAACGAGAGUUUCAGGUAUGUUUAUCCCCGUUUUGUUCCGUUUCCUUCCGUUUAAAAAACGUUUUUCAACAGAAUCGACGUAAUGAAUACGCCUCUGAUCACUUGUAAACAGAGUUCACUCUCAUAAAUGCCACGCUGUAUUCCUUCUCUUCCCUUCACUUGUGGACUUCAAUGCACAACACAUCAGCUGUGUAACCAUGCAAAAAAACUUUCCAAGCCAAACCGCUACACACAGCCUACAACGUUGUCACCAUAUUAGCUAAAGUAACGUCAUAGUCAGCAUAGCUAAUAGAACUAACGAGUUAGUAAACCCGCUACAAUCAUGCAGUAACGUUCGUGUACAGUCAGUAAGCAGUUACACAACGGCGGGCCUCGUGGCAAUAAAUUAGUAAUACCAAAAGCUUACCUUGACUUGGAAGUUCCAGUGUUGUGUUGGAAAGUCAUAGCCAGCUAGCUAACAUAGCAUCCCUCGGUUUGAGCAGGGUGUUUCAGUAGGCUAAACUAGCUAGCUGCAUUUGCUAGCUAAGUAGGUGAAACUGAAAGUUAAAAAAAAAAUGACUCUCUCUAUUUCUCUCUUGCUUCUCCUUCAUUUUGGAAGAACUUAAUUUGUUCAAAACUGUUAAACUAUUGUCUUUCUCUCUCUUUGAGUCAACUACUCACCACAUUUUAUACACUGCAGUGCUAGCUAGCUGUAGCUUAUGCUGUCAGUACUAGAUUAAUUAUCUGAUCCUUUGAUUGGGUGGACAACAUGUCAGUUCAUGCUGCAAGAGCUCUGAUAGGCUGGAGGACAUCCUCUGGAAGUUGUCAUAAUUACUGUGUAAGUCUAUGGAAGGGGGUGAGAACCAUGAGCCUCCUAGGUUUUGUAUUGAAGUCAAUGUACCCAGAGGAGGACGGAAGCUAGCUGUCCUCCGGCUACACCAUGGUGCUACCCUACAGAGUGCUGUUGAGGCUACUGUAGACCUUCUUUGCAAAAUAGUAUGUUUUAAUCAGUUAUUUGGUGAAGUGAUUAUAUUUAGUAUAGUUUUAUCUAAAAAUGCUAACUUUUUAAAUGUUUAAAAUAUAUAUUUUUAUGAAAUUCACUGAGGAGGAUGGUCCUCCCCUUCCUCCUCUGAGGAGCCUCCACUGGUGUACACUCACCUUAUCAUGCAUCAGUGAUACAACAAUAUGUAAGAUAUGUCAAUGCUUUCUGGUGAACAUCCCAAAAUGGUUGGCAUAUUAUAAUUUGUAUUUACUUCCAUUUUGUGUUACCUGAUGUCUUUCUCCUGUGUGUUUGUGCAGUUAUGGUCUUCAUCGUCUGCUUCUCCUCGGCUGCAGCCAUCACGAUCCUCCUCAUCGUCACUCUGUGUGUUUUCUGGUGAGUCGAUCAGAGCAAAGGCCUCCUCCUGCAGUUGACAGACAGACAGACAAACAGCAUCUCAACAGGUGACAUGUUUACAGGUAGGCUGCCGGCAACCAGCAGGUUGGCAGGUGACAAACAGGAAACCAGGUCUGUGUAUCUGAUGGUGACUACAGUUUAGCAUGACCAAAGUAGCACAGAGCUAUUCAAAAAACAGGAUGCUCUGUGGCUGCAGCAGACAGUUACGUCUGCCACCACAGCUCUGCCAGACAACUCACACGGUCUGAUUCUCUCUGUCUCUGUGGUAAAGACAGAUUUAUUUUCCAUCUAAUGUUAUCAUAGGGCAACUAUAGAGCUAUACUGAGUGACUACUCAGAAAGUAAGGUAAGCUAUUCAAAAACUUCACAGCUGGAGAAUUCAUAUUGUAAUUCAAUUCCAGUCGCAAUGCUUGGAAUGAGAAAAAAGCAUAAAGCAGUUGUCUCUUUUUGCUGUCAUUGGAUCUGAUCAGAUAAUCAGCCAGGUGUCUCACUACCAUAGUGUUUGGAUACACUUUGGGAUCCCAAAUGUCUCUAAAAGCAUCUGAUCCACAAAUCCACUAAUGUUCCAUGAAAACUCUCCCACAGGGCUCUGGUCAUAAGUAGUGCACUGUGUAGGGAAUAGGGUGCCAUUUGGGACGCACACUAACUUCCUCUUUGUCAUGACUCAUGUGAGAAGGGGUGGUAAAUAUAUAGACACAGACACACUGACACACUUCAGUGUUAGUUCAGAGGCUGAAUCAUUGUGUCUUUGGUCAGUACAUUUGGUCAAGGUGCCAUUGGUGCGAUGAGCAUCACUGUCCCAUUAUCCCUGGUUCCUGUGGGAAGGUCCCAUCAGGCUAAUUUCGAAAGGUCAGUCAGUCGGACAGCAUACACAGAGAAAACAUGACUCCCCAGGAGAAUAGCUAUUCCGGGAUAUGCGUCACCCCCGGUCGCCAGCACUAGGAACACUUUCUGAAAAGAGCAGGUCUUCAUUGGCCUGGUUGGUGUCAUGGGGAUCAUGAGGGAUGAGGAGAGCUACUGCUUCUGACAUCAGAGAGAUCAAUGAUGAUGUCUGGGGUCACCAUCAUUCUGCUUAUAUAUUCCCGUCGCAUAAUGCAGUCAUAGUUCACACACUCAGUGGCUCAUUGGAAGUCUGUUCACUCAUACAACAGCGCAUCCAAGGGGUGCAGUUUGGCCAUGCAGGUAAGUUUGGCCAUGCAACUUUCUUAGGGUGCGUUCGUAAAUUCACUCUGGCUAUCUACUCCGAUUUCAGAGCACUCUCGUCUGAGUGUGGCAGAUCGCAGUAAAACAGACUAAUUUACGAAUGCUCAACACUCAUUGAAUAUGGCCGUUGUCGCAAAAAAGUAUAAUUAAAUUGUUGCCAGCAGCAGUUACAGUCACCAUUGCUCUGGAUAACAUAAACACAGCCUAACCAGCUCUGCUAGGGCGAAUAAAAUGGUCAGAGUGAGGUGUUCUCUCAUUUGUGUCUGGAAGUAGCUAGCAAGCUAGCCAACCUUAGCCUGUUAGCUUGGGUACUUGACUGCUGUUGGGAGGCCAGAACGCUCGGAUCAACCCUACUCCUCGGUCAGAGCGUCCAGUGUGUGCCAAUCUGACAACGCUCUGAAUUUACGAACGCCCAGAGGGCACUCUGGCACUCCAGAUUGCAUUUACAAACGCACCCUUAGUGAGGAUGAUACCCAACUGUAUAAAAACAACAGAAGAAUUAGACAAUAUUUGAAAUGCUGUCUGUCACUGUAACUCAAAUGACAAUUAAUUGUUCAUUUGUUUUGCAGCAAAAUAAAUGGAGACCGCCCAGCACCUAAGGUCAGUCUUUCUUAGAUUUUUUUUCUAACUUUGAGCUAUCAAAAAAACAGUAUGCAUGCUUUGAAUUAUUGAGAAUGGUCCUCUUGCCUUCAUUCAUCUAUUCCUUUAGUUUCUAUCUAGGUCUUUAUUCAACAUGCUUUGUCCCCCUGUCUCCUAUCUUCACUGAUCUGUCUCUGAACUCCUGUAAGCAGCGGGAGUCGCUGGCAGCCCUGACCUCUCUGACCCAGGACCUGUGCUCUCCAGAGCUGAGGAAGGGGAAGGCAGCAGUGACAGUACCAGGAGGAGGAGGAGGCCAGGAGUACAACCAGCUGCUCAGCUACUCUAUUGUCAUUGAUGCCAGAUCCACUGUGUAAACAACAGGUUGCAUCCCCUACUGGCACCCUAUUCCCUAUAUAGAGCACUUCUUGUGUAUAGGGAAUAGGGUUCCAUUUGAGACUGAUUUAUUUUAUUUGGUAGGUUAGAAAAAACAUACUCACAGUACAUGCAUUUAAAAAACUUGACAGGGAUAUCACAAAAGUCAGAGACUUAUUUCCAUUGUGGUCCCUAAUUCCAUGGAGUCGUAAGUUUACAUACACCUUAGCCAAAUACAUUUAAACUCAGUUUUUCACAAUUCCUGACAUUUAAUCCUAGUAAAAAUUCUGUUUUAGGUCAGUUAGGAUCACCAAUUUAUUUUAAGAAUGUGAAAUGUCAGAAUAAUAGUAGAGAGAAUUAUUAUCAUUACAUUCCCAGUGGGUCAGAAGUUUACAUACACUCAAUUAGUAUUUGGUAGCAUUGCCUUUAAAUUGUUUAACUUGGGUCAAAUGUUUCCGGUAGCCUUCCACAAGCUUCCCACAAUAAGUUGGGUGAAUUUUGGCCCAUUCCUCCUGACAGAGAUGGUGUAACUGAAUCAGGUUUGUAGGCCUCCUUGCUCGCACACGCUUUUUCAGUUCUGCCCACACAUUUUCUAUAGGAUUGAGGUCAGGGCUUUGUGAUGGCCACUCCAAUACCUUGACUUUGUUGUCCUUAAGCCAUUUUGUCACAACUUUGGAAGUAUGCUUGGGGUCAUUGUCCAUUUGGAAGACCCAAUUGCGACCAAGCUUUAACUUCCUGACUGAUGUCUUGAGAUGUUGCUUCAAUAUAUCCACAUAAUUUUCCUUCCUCAUGAUGCCAUCUAUUUUGUGAAAUGCACCAGUCCCUCCUGCAGCAAAGCACCCCCACAGCAUAAUGCUGCCACCCCCGUGCUUCAUGGUUGGGAUGAUGUUCUUCGGCUUGCAAGUUACCCCCUUCUCCCUCCAAACAUUACAUUUUUAAAUUUUUGUCAUUUAGCAGACGCUCUUAUCCAGAGCGACUUACAGUUAAGUGAGUGCAUACAUUUUCAUACUGGCCCCCCGUGGGAAUCGAACCCACAACCCUGGCGUUGCAAACGCCAUGCUCUAUCAACUGAGCUACAUCCCUGCCGGCCAUUCCCUCCCCUACCCUGGACGACGCUGGCUAAUUGUGCGCCGCCCAAUGGGUCUCCGGUCGCGGCCAGCUACGACAGAUGGUCAUUAUGGCCGAACAGUUCUAUUUUUGUUUAAUCAGGACAAUUCUCCAAAAAGUACGAUCUUUGUCCCCAUGUGCAGUUGCAAACCCUAGUCUGGCUUUUUUAUGGCGGUUUUGGAGCAGUGGUUUCUUCCUUGCUGAGCGGCCGUUCAGGUUAUGUCGAUAUAGGACUCGUUUUACUGUGGAUAUAGAUAAUUAUGUACCUGUUUCCUCCAGCAUCUUCACAAGGUCCUUUGCUGUUGUUCUUGGAUUGAUUUGCACUUUUCGCACCAAAGUAUGUUAAUCUCUAGGAGACAGAACGCGUCUCCUUCCUGAGCGGUAUGACGGCUGCGUGGUCCCAGGGUGUUUAUACUUGCGUACUAUUGUUUUUACAGAUGAACAUGGUACCUUCAGCCGUUUGGAAAUUGCUCCCAAGGAUGAACCAGACUUGUGGAGGUCUACCAUUUUUUUCUGAGGUCUUGGCUGAUUUCUUUAGAUUUUCCCAUGAUGUCAAGCAAAGAGGCGCUGAGUUUGAAGGUAGGCCUUGAAAUCCACAGGUACACCUCCAAUUGACUCAAAUGAUGUCAAUUAGACUAUCAGAAGCUUCUAAAGCCAUGACAUCAUUUUCUGGAAUUUUGCAAGCUGUUUAAAGGCACAGUCAACUUAGUGUAUGUAAACUUCUGACCCACUGGAAUUGUGAUACGGUGAAUUAUAAGUGAAAUAAUCUGUCUGUAAACAAUUGUUGGAAAAAUUACUUGUGUCAUGCACAAAGUAGAUGUCCUAACCAACUUGCCAAAACUAUAGUUUGUUAACAAGAAAUUUGUGGAGUGGUUGAAAAACGAGUUUCAAUGACUCCAUCCUAAGUGUAUGUAUACUUCCGACUUAAAAUGUAGAUACAGAUACAUUACGUAGAUACAGACUCAUUACAUAGAUACAGACAUUUUUUUCCUUCUAUUUCUCGAUCAUUAGCAAGCUUUUGACUUUAGACGCAACCACAGGCAUAUAUGUCAGAGACCACUCAGAUGGGUCUGGUGACCCAGCUACAGUAUCUUGUGCAUCACUCUUAGGGGAUUCAUGAUGCAGCUUCUCCUAAUGCCAGGUCAUUAAAAUGCAUUAUUUUGUGAAUUUUUCAUGAUUUUUAGUUUUGUUUAUUGGUGUAUUUUUUUGUAUUUCAUGCAUUGGUGUUUUCAAUAAUUGUAAUGUGUUGUUAAGAAAUGUAUUGUAUAACUGCUAGAAAUUAUGUUGAUCGUAGCUUCUGUUUGUUUUACUGUUUUGUCUUAUGCUAAACUUUGAAAGGUUAUUCAUUUUGGUUAUCUAAUGUUGUAAGAUCCGGAGCAUUAUCAUUAAAGUUACUGUAAAUGUGUAUCUUGUUGUUAAACCUGCCUUGUUUGACAGGUUUAAGAGUAAAUUAACUGACACACAUAAGUGUGCACACAUACACACACACAGAGACACACACAGUCUUGUAGAACUAACCUUGUGGGGCCACACAAUUAAGUCCCAUUCAAAAUCCUAUUUUCCUUAACCCCUAACCCUAAACCUAACCUUAAUCCUAACUUCAACCCCAAAACCUAACCUAACCUUAACCCUAAAACUAACCCUAGCUCCUAACCCUAAACCUAAUUCUAACACUAAUUCUAGCCUUAACCCUAAAACCCCUAGAAAUAGCAUUUGACCUUGUGGGGACUAACAAAAUGUCCCCAGUUGGUCAACUUUUUGUUUGUUUACUAUUGUUGAGUAGACUUCUGGUCCCCACAAGUAAAGUUAAACACGUCCAGACACACACACACACACACACACACAGACACAGUUAGAAUGAAGUUCUUCGCACUAACCCUGAGGGUGUCCGGGAAAUAAGACACUCCUAAUAGAGCUCAUCUCAUCACUUGCAGAAGAGCAGUAAUAUUUAUUCUCACCUUAGAGAAUAAAGUAAAUCAGGUUGGAUCAGGAUUUGCAUAAUUUCAAUACAGACUGCACCUUGCUGUAAUGAGUUUAAUAUAAAUGUGUGAUGUGGCAAUUUUCUUUAUACCGAUGCUAGUAAGAAAUGAGUGUCUUGUUUACCAAUACUGGGGCAAUUAACUAAAUGUUAUACUACUCUGGUUGUGAAUAAUGCCUUUUAAAUCCUGGUAUAGGGUUAGUCCAUGUUAAAUUGUAUAAAUUAAAGUUAACUAAAAUGUAUACGUCCAUUCCUUAUUAUAGUGACUGCCAGGUUAUGAAUGUUAUAGAAAACAGUGUGCCCUUUUUGUCCUGUGAGUUCAACAUCAGUUAUCACUUGCACAAUUACCAAAUCCUGUGCAUAGUUGCAUAAACUUGGAUUAUGAAAGCGUCACAAAUAGUUCUGACUCUCUCUCUCCCUACCCCAAACUAAGACGUGGACCUUGACAUCUUAUUUUGAGCAUUUAUUCCUGCAUUGACAAAAACAACAUUUCACACUACUGGUAGUUUCUCCAAUUACUUAUUUAGCAUCUUCUAGCGCCCUCUUGUGGAACAUACGAGAUCCCACAACAUGGGCCAUAGAAAUUGACGUAGCGUCCCAUGUAACAAUGGGAACGAGACCUUGCUAAUAUUUUGCCGUGGACCAACUUCACGAUAUGAGAAAGUUUGAAAAGUUAGAUAGCUAAGUUAGAUAGCUAAUAAAGCUAGUUAGCCCCUUUCCCAUAUAAAUGUACAGUUCUAUAUUCAUGCAAGCAGCCAGCUACCCAGCUAACAAAAUUACGUUCCAGGACGUGACCACAAAGUUAUUUUAGUCCCCACAUAAGUCAUAAUAACGUUAUUGUGAAACUUACAGACGAUGUUCCAAAAUGUAUUUAUAUCAUUCCGAUUGUAACGUCGUAUGAAGAGAAACUAUAGCUCUAAAUGUAGCGUUAUGAAAUGUUCCUGGGAUAUCUCCAAAAUAACAUGAUAUUCAGAAACUUUCAUGGACUACCAAGUAACGUUUUUAAUGUUCCCAUGAUGUCUGUAUAGCGACGUGAUCUUUAUAACCUCUAUAAUACUUAUUAGAAACGUUAUGAAAGUGCCUAUAAUGUCCCAAACGGGCAAUGACAUUCAGUACCUCUGGAAGACUUAAGGGGAAUGUUACAAAUGUUCAGUUACGUUCCUUGUUAGCUGGGUACCGAGCUCGCUUCUUUCCAACUUUUUCCCCCAAUAAGAUCAACUUUUACACGCAGUGAUUUCUUUUGCAUUCUAGCCAUAAUUGCUAAAUGUAACGUUAACUAACUAACAGUUAGGUAGCAAAGCUGUCAGAGGUAUUUCCUGUUUUUGUUGCUUCUCUAAUAUCUUCUCUUGCCUAAAAAAAAUUCAGCUGUCAAAGAUAAUGGAGGCCACAACAAAGUUUCUAGCCAUAACUAUAUUUCUUCUGCUUCUGUCAAUGUCUUCUUUAUCUGCAAAAUCUGACAUCCCUUUAAAUGAGAGGUUGUGCUCUUUGCCUCAUUUAUUGCAGGGAAUAUGAAGAUGAUCUCAGCAAAUAAUGGCUAAAGCUUGCAGUUUUGUGGCAGAACUAAUGAUACAAAACAACCUGCAAUUAUGCCUGCUCCAAAAAGAGAUAGUCAACACAGGACCCGUGCAAGAAGCACAGCAAGGCCAAGGGAUGGUUCCUGGAUCACGGAGGGAGGAAAAAGGACCCUAUCCCAGCAGCCAAUGUGGCCUCUGUAGUCUCACUACCACCAGUGGAGUCUCAGGAGCACCAUGCCUUCUCACCAGCCUUCAUGUAUGAGCCCCAGCCAGGUCGAGCCCUCAGCACUGGAAACCUCUCCCCUGCUCCCACUCCUCUGUCCAUGGUGGAGCUCCCUCGCCUCGUGGCAGAGGGGGGUCUGGAGCUGGCCAUGGAGGAGUCACUGUGGAUGGAGGGACCUCGUCUGAUUGCUUCAGCGCUGGGGACUGAUAUCCCUGUCAAAGCUACUCAGGUGUCAUUCGAGGAAUCUGCACUGGACAGGUAGGUUAAGCAGUGAGCAUGUGUGUUUGCUGCUUCAUUUCACUCUUGUGUUCAAAUGUGACAUUGGUCUUUCCAAAAAAUUCAGGUAGAACACUUAGUAUUGUGGUGUCCGUUGUUGGUUCAGCUUUACAGAUCAUGGAGACGUGUUCCGGGUAAAGACGGCUGAUCAAGACAAAGAGACAGAAGCAGGAAAAGAUGUCAAGCACAGAGAGAAUCUUUGCAAAGAAAAUACAUCUGGGAAAGCUUCAGUUUUUCCACUUGCAAGCUGUGAACAAUGGCCCUUUCAGGUAGUGAACACCAUAAUGUUAUUACUUUUUUUUUUUUUUACAAUAAUAAUGGAAUAACAGUGGAUUUGCCAUUCUUCUGUAGCAUUCACACUAUUUUGCAGAUACAUUUUGCUCAUUGUAUGCAUUUUCUUUUUUUUGUAGACCGUCCAAUAGAGCAGGCACUGAGCAUGUCAUCUUCUCCCUCACCUCUGUGCUGCAUGUGCAGGAUGGAUGCAGUUUUGGGCUCCUUUCUCUGGCAGAGUGGCAUCAGGAGGCCGUACUGUGGAGAGCAUUGCAGGAUAUCCCAUUUUUCAGGGACUAUUUACUUUGUAAGGCAUUCAUCAGGUAGGCUAAGAUUGCAUCCCAAUUGGCAACCUAUUCCCUACACAGUGCAUUACUUUUGACCAGGGCUCAUAGGGGACAGACUUUGGAACACAUCCUAACUGUCCAUAUUUAUUGCAUCAUGUCACUUUUUUGGCGUGUUGCAAUUCUCUCUCUUGACUUAAAUUAUUUUAUUUGUCAACUUUAUGUUGCUGUUGUGUGUCGCAGGUGGCACAGAAGUGUGUGUAAGAUCACACUGCAGAGGAAGUGUGAAGUACUGCAGGUCCUGCUACUCAUGGCUGUACCCCUCUCUUUCAAUUCUCCAGGUAUUCUGCAUCACAUUAUGGUUGCAUCCCAAAUGACAUCCUACUCCCUAUGUUGUGCACUACUUUUGACCAGGGCCCAUAGGGGACACCCAUAGGGCUCUGGUCAAAAUAAGUGCACUAUAUAGGAAAUAGGGUGCCAUCUGGCAUGCAGACAAUAGAUUUGUACAUCAACAUUACAGUCACAUGUACAUGAGUCCUUAUUGUUCAUUUUGUUCCAUGAUUAACAUUGGAAUGUUUUUUAUUAGUGUUUUUUCAUUUAUGUGGAAAUGCACACAAUGUAAAAAACUAAAUGUUGCUGUUUUCAGUCUGAUUGAAGAACCACAGUCCACACAGCCAAGAGCUUGGCCUGUUGGCCUCCAUCCCUCUCUCUAAUGUGUAUUUGUGUGUGUUUGCUGGUAAUUGUAUUAAUAUUUUUGAUUCCAUGAUUCUCGACAGAGAGCAGCCACAGCAGGGGAGUCUGUUCCAAGUAGAGCUGAUAUUUGGAGCAGACGGUCAGCCGACCCUGUUCCCACCCAUGCACUUGUUCCAGGAGGUGCUGCGAGGGGCACUGCUGUCAGUGGCAGACUCUGCCCUUCGGGUGAGAUCAUGUAAUUAACCACACACUGAAGGAUGGGCUCUGGUCAAAAGUGGUGCACUAAAUAGGGAAUAGGGUGCCAUUUGGGAUGCAGUCAUUCGUUUAGGUCAAGGUUGUGAUUAACUCAUCACAGAAUUCCCAGUUGCGUGUCCCAGCAAGUCUUACAUACUAAUGUGGUUUUGCUCUUGUAGGUAUUUGGCACUCUCUUGAUGCCAAGGACAGUGUGUAUGCAGCACCUCCCUCACCAGUGCUGCUCAGAAGCUAAGCCCUGACCUGAACCUGGCCUGUACCAGUGGAACUAAUUGUAUCACAGGUAAUGCUGGACAGGACAGGAGAUUAGCUAUCUUCCCAGUUGUACCACAGUCCAUCUUUUGAUAGAAUAUGUUGUUCAUCCCAUAACUGGGCUUGUCAAGGAAAAAUGUCUAAUUAAUGGUAAACAGGAGUUAAAGCACUGGGGAAAAAACAGGCAGAGAUAUACAUUUUCUUACGCUGAUCGCCUGUGUUUGUAUGUGCAUGGUUCUCAGCUUUUGGGGAGAAUGACAGUGAGCCGACUGGUGUCAGCAGCUUCUCCUCCAAGCGGGAGCCUCAUUGUGUUCUAUCAGCUCCCAGGCUGGUGCUGCCCAAGCUGACCCCUCUGAUGGUCCAGGGACAGAGGCUGAGAGGGCAGUAC